UCUGGGUGGGGAUAGAAGUAGGGAGCCAUGAUAUGUACAUAGGAGGCCUCAGUUCCCAUUUAGGCAGUGCCUGGGACACAGGACGCAGGGCCUAAAUCCUCAUGGAGUAUCAGAGGAGGAGGAGAUGGUUCUCCUCAGCCCGGAUUCUCAUUCUGGGGGUAUUUUCUUUGAGAGAGACCCAAGCAGUACACCACAAGCAUGUGGCUCAGUUCACUGCAGUGGGCACAACCCUCUCUCUCUUGGAACUAAGGGAAAUUAGCUUCAUGGAUGAUAUUGAAGUGGAAUCCUAUAACAAUACAGACCAGCAAGUUAUUUCCAAGAUACCCUGGGUCUCUUAUGCAGUGGGAGUUGAUUACAUCACUCAGAUGCAUAAUUUAUUCGUGUACCAUGACCAACAUGUCCGCUGGAUCUUCCAAUACUUACCAAAGAAUGACACUAAUGAUAACAGAAACCACACAGGGCAGCUCCUUGCAGACUGUGAAAUAGACAAUGACAUCAAGGUGAAGAGCCAUGUCCAUUUAAUUUGGGAUGGAGAGGAAUAUUACAGGAUAGAUGAAGAAGUUGGGCACUGGGGGAACUUGAAGCCUGAAUUCAAGAAAUAUGAGUUCAUUCUAGUCAGCCCCUUCUGGACUGAUCUAAGGAAACGCUACACGAAUCAAUAUUGUGUUGACCUGCUGAGGAAAAUCGUUGGCUACUCAAGCUUAAGGGAUAAUGUGCCCCCUGAGGUGACCGUAUCUCUCCAUGUCAACCGAGAAGACAGCACCAUUAUCUCCUGCACAGCCACAGGCUUCUACCCUCGCUCCAUCCUACUGCGUUGGGAAAAAGAUGGGAAGCUUGGUGUAUGGGGAAAGGAGACUUCCAGUGGUACCCUGCCCAAUGCAGAUUCCACCUUCUACCUCCAAAUUACCUUAGAGCUCCCACCAGAGGACUCAGUGACGGGUUAGACUUGUGUGGCAGAACACAUCGAGCUGAAGACCCCUGCUGUGUAUCCAGUCCCUGAAAAGCCCACAAGGGAGAAGCCUUGGGUCCUGGCACUGGGCGUUAUGUUGGCUGUCAUUCUACUGCUGAGCUGUGCUGGGGCCUUCAUAGCAUGGAAGAAGAAGAAGUCAGGUAUGCAUGUAAUGAAAGAGAGGUAACAGAAAGGUAUUGGAUGGGGAGCUAGCAAGGAGACAGCAGAUAUGGCUGUUACAACUGCCUCAAUAACUUAUAAUAGGAAUAUAUUUUGAGAAGAGAAUCCCAGAAUCUCAGAGUCAAAGUGGGACACAGAAGCUAUGUUGUCCAAACUCUAUCUGGUCAAAAAUCUCUUCGAUAACAUACUGGGCAAGCCAACUUCUCCAAACCUCAGUUUGCUUAUCUGUAAAAGGGGGAUAAUAAUAGCUCUUACCUCAUAGUAGUAUGAUGUAUAU